AGUCAAUAUUGUAUGCUGACGCUCGUCGACGGCUUCGAUGCUUCGCACGCGUAACUGCCGUGCGCCAUUCAGUUACUGUUCGACCGUACGCGUGACGGGUGUGUUUGAGCGCAUCGAACGAAGCGAGUAGAAAACUGUGAAACAGCAGCGCGUAGCGCAUAGCCGAGCAGCAUAUACAAAGUGACUGUGUGCAUGUGUAGAAGUGCGUUGAAAAGCUUUGUAUUAGCUUAGGUGAUUAACAUAAUUGCGACCAGCUGCUGGACGGCUGCUGUGUUACGCGUGAAAAAAAAAAACAAAAAAAAAUUCAAAAGAAAUAUAUUGAAAAAGAAAAUAGAAAUAAAAUUGAAUUCUCUGAAAAUUAUAAAAAGUGAUGCGGCGUCGCAAUUGUGCGCCCCUUACAGUCGCCGCAAACAAUUCACAUUAGUUAAACAAUAAAAAUAGCAGCUUGUAUGCGUAUGGAUGUCUGAAGGAUUACUCGUAAAUUCCAUUUAAUUUAUAUGCCUUUAAAUGCCACUGUGUAAAGCGAAUAAAUAUAUGUGCAAAAAAAUAAUAAUAAACAGCAGCAACAACAAGAACAACACACACAAACAUAAAUAAAUAGCUGCCACGGUGAAAUCUACAGCUUCCUGCGGAAGUCAUUACGUUUGCGUCUGAGCUGCUGAAUGCGCAACUGAAACAUGCCAGAACACAAAAAAAAAUGUCGUGAUUUGUGGCAAAAUAUUUCGAGAAGCUGAAUAAAUUUCACACAUAAGCGACGAUUGUCCCCAAGCGUAGCAGUAAAUAAUUGACAAAUUGCAGCAGAAAACAAAUCAGCAAAUGGAAAAAUUGUGCGCAAAUUGCGAAAGUGUGUCAAUUGCGCCAUAAAGUAUGCAACGCGCUGACUCAAAUCAACACGCACACAUACGUAUACAUAUAUGAAAAGCUAAAUGCAAGCAUUUGAGGAUGAUUCCCAAAGGUCAGUUAGAGUGAAAUUGCGCGCGAAAAAUUGGACUGAUUAACAGUAAAUGCAAAUGCGUGCGUGUGCGUGUGUGUGGGUGCGUGGGUAAAUUGAAAUUGCUAAAUUGUUAAUGCACAUUGCAGGCAUAUAAAAUAUAAGAGAAAAAUAAUAAACUUUGAAGAAAAAAAAAUUAAAAAAAUUUUAAAAGAAUAAAAACAAAAUUGCAAAAAAUAAAAACAAAAAAUAUAAAAUUGCAUUGAGUUUGCAAAAUGUGAGAACUUAAAUAUUUAUUUUUUUGCGCUCUCCACAAUCGCCAACUAAACGCCAAAACGUGUACGAUGUGAAGUGAAAGCCCAAAGUGCGCGACAAUCCCGAAUAAAACGUUUGCAAAUUAUGCACAAUUGCGCGCGAAUUCAAAUAACGGACAAAACGAGUAAGAAAAAACUGCAAAAUUCUCGAUUGUAAAAACAACAGCAAAAAACACUACCGUUGAAACCAAAAAAUCUAGUUCAGUGAAUUGUGAAAAUGCUUUGGCAAGCAAAAACUAGUGAAAUUCUGCUGACUGCAAUGACUACACGCCAUUGCAACAAUAACAACAAUAAUAGCAACAACAUUGUCGGGCUGCCAUAGACAUUGCGAGAUCAGUACUCGGCACGCGUGCGUUUGUCUGUGUGCCAGCCGUGACAUUUCUAUGUACGUGUAUACACAAGUGACUGCGACAGCAGAACGAGUAUGCGUUUAGCAUAAAUAAAAUAUUUUCGAUAAUUUCGCAUUGCAUGAAAUUUGAAUGCGCCACAAACAGGUCGUACACACAGAGUUACAGCGGCGCAUAAAACAAUAUUUGUUUGAGUGAAAUUUGUUGUUGUGAAUGUGAAACAGAACUGAAACUGACAGUGGCAACAACAUUUCGAACAAGUGAUAACGGCAAAAAUUACAUGAAAAUUACAAAAAAAGAAAUCAAAAAUACUCUCGAGUGUAUAUGUAAAAGCAGCUGCCUAGCCUAGCUCAUAUGCUGCACGAGUGAUUCAUAGCAUACACCGUUAUAGCAUAUUUAACAUGAGCAUGUGUGCAUAUAUUUGCACAAAAAAUUAAGAAAAAAAAUGCGUUGAAAUGUAGCAGCUGCUGCUGAAACACUGAAACGCUGUCAUUUGCUUAUGUGUCUGCUAUAGACUCGACAUAGUCGUUGACAUACAACUGAUAUAGAGCAUUUACAUAAGUACAUGGCUAAAAUUAUCAGCAUUAAAAUUUCAUUGGGAAUAUGAAAAAUGCUAAAAAAUUCGAAAAAAUCUAAAUAGUGUCAAUGCCGUGAAAGUGAAAACAAAUCGCUCCCUCGCCAACUAACACCCAAACGUUCUGCUUGACCUCAGCUGCGCAUUAUAAACCAAAAAGUUAGCUGUGAACUAAAUAAACAAAACUGUAAAUAACAAAAAGUUGAAAAAGUUCCGGAUCAGCAGCAGCAGUGAAAGUCCAAGUGCAAGUUCAACAAAAGCUACAAAUAAUUGAGAACCUUGAAAUUAAAUUAAUUUGCGAAAAAAGCGUCAACACUGCAAUGUGUGUGUGCUGAGACAGCCAGUUUGGUAAAUUGAAUAGCGGCUAAGGCCACAAAAAAGCGGCGAAUAGUUUAGCAAUUAAAGUGAAAUUAAACAGCAACAAUCAACAUGUUUCCGCAGCGUUGCCUCUGUGGCAACAACUUGCUGCGCAUCACUAUGAUGGUGGUCUUCGGCUUGGCAAAUCUAAAUAAUGGUCUUACAUCGUACGUUACGCAGGAUAACAUUAAUAAUGAACUACACCGAAAUAUAAAUCAAAAUUUAAUUAUGUCGCCCGCGUCGGCCGGCAUUUCCGGCGGCCCCAUUGUGACGAGCAAUUAUAAUGGGCCCGCUUUGGCACAGCCACCCGCGCUGUCCGCCACCGGUCAUGGCAGUUUCCACGGCAGCUAUAGCGCCGCCUUUACUGCCUCAUCAGAUAUGCCUUAUCCGCCCUCUUCAAUUUCGGCGUCCUCCUCAUACCAGCAACAACACCAGCAACAGCAGUUGAGUCUACAACAGCCGUACCAUCAAACAAGUGGGAGUAGCAUAACAAGUUUUGAUUCGGCAAAUGUAAUUGAUGAGCGACACCAACAACGACACAACCAUCAACAUCAACAGCAACAACAACAACAGCAGCAGCUGCAACACCUAGCACGCCCACUGCACAAAGUGGUUGGCGUGGGUCUCAGCGGUGGUGGCGGCAACGGCGCUGGUGGUGGACUGGAGCACAACAGCCUUGGCGAGGCGGCACUGGGCGGCUCAGCCGAGAGUGUCAACGCCGGCCUGGAGGAGAUCUAUGCGGCGCCCAUGUACUUCGGCACGGAGAACUCUACCAUUGUGACGACGCAAAUUGGCGCCUCCGCACACAUACCCUGCACCGUGCAUCACAUUGGCGAUGGUGUGGUGUCUUGGAUACGCAAAAAAGACUAUCAUCUACUGACAGUGGGACUGACUACCUACAGCAGUGAUGAGCGGUUCAGUGCCACGCAUUUGAAACACUCUGAGGAUUGGACGCUGCAAAUAAAAUUUGUGCAACUACGUGAUGCUGGCGUCUAUGAAUGUCAAGUGUCAACCCAUCCGCCCACAUCAAUAUUUCUGCAUUUGAAUGUUGUUGAAGCGCGCGCUGAAAUAUCUGGACCGCCAAUACGCUAUUUGACACCGGGCUCAACGCUACGCCUGCAAUGUCGCGUCGUGCAGAAUACAGAGGCAUCGGAGUUCAUAUUCUGGUAUCAUGACAACCGCAUGAUCAACUAUGACAGUGAUCGGGGCAUAAAUGUGUCGACAGAGCCAGAUUUUCAAUCAUCGGAGUUAACAAUACAACGCACACGUCGUGAACAUUCCGGAAACUUUACCUGCGUCGCUAGUAAUACACAACCGGCAAGUGUGUUGGUGCAUAUUUUCAAAGGUGAUAAUCCAGCAGCGAUGUAUCAUGGCGAUGUAGGCGGAUCGACUAAAUCAUAUCAAACGCAUUUGCAUGGCAUUACGGCCAUAAUAGCGCUGGCUUACCGAAUAAUACAGACGUAUGUGCAUGUUAACCUGGCAUAAUUACACAUGACGAACAACAACAACAAGCAGAAUGUGUAAAAAGCCAUAACAACAACAACAGCAGCAGCAAGAGGAGCACACACAGCAGUUGAGAGCAGCAAAGCGGCUUUUUAGUGCACGAAAAACAUUUCGGCGCUUGCUGCUGCACACACACACACACACACAACGUAUAUUACACGUAUUUACUAACAUAAAAACAGACAUAAAACAACAACAACACACAUGCAUAUACCAUAUAUAUUUAUAUGAUAUGUAGCUAUUUAAGUUGAAUAAAACAUGUAAUAAGGCAUAAUGUAAGCGGGCAUAACAUUAGUUGGUCAUGAGUUCAUGGGUGCUUGGGUACUUGCGUCAGCGCAUAGCUGUUUGCGUGUGUGUGUAUAUGUGAGGGAAUUCGCAUGUUGAAUGGUGUGGGUGUGCGCGUUAAAUGUAAGCUUAGAAAAUCGUAUCGUAUAGUAGACAAAAAAACCGUAUAUGUAGAUGAUUUAAUGAUGGGGCGGCAAGCGAACUGAGUAUACUUACAGACAGAUGUAGUAUCUGAGUAUAUAUUCAUAUGUAUGUGUGGUACAUAAUGUAGGCGCGAGUGUGAGUAUUGAAAUUGUGGGUGUGUUUAAGCGUAGAGUUGAACAAAAUGGAGGCAAAUCAAAAUUAGCGUAUGUUUAUAUGUGAGUAUGUAUGUGUGAGACUGCGCUUACUCAAAAAAAUAUAGUUAUAGCUAAAUUUCAAUAGUAAACUUAAUUUCUUUUGGAAUUUUAAGCAAGUUUUGGUAGCUUUUCUUUUGAAAAAA